AUGCCUCGUGCCUCAGGGUCGGGCAAGCGACACUCAGGCGCCGCCGGUCAGCGCGACACUCGGCACGAGAAUGGGCUCGUUGGCCCUGCUACUGCCAAGCGAGUCGUAGGCAAACGAAGCCACGCACAGCUCGACGCAUCCGCCCAGGGCUCGCAGCCUAGGACGGCUGCUGAACAUGCUGCCUCUGGCCUGCCCCGCCAAUCUCUGCCUACGUCGCCGCCCCGAAACCGCGGCGCCGAGCAGCAGCCCAGCAUCGACGGCGUCUGUAAGGAGAGCCAUGCAGGCAACGACCCGGGCAACUCUGUCGAUAUCAACGGCGCGCGCAAAGUUUUGGAUGCAUUAGGUUUAGACGAUACAUCGUCCGAAUCCGGUUCAUCGCUCAUGGCGCCUCAUCAGACCUCGGGCGCUGGCGGCGUCGACGCCGGACACCGCCAGAUCGACGUCAAUGCCUUGAAGGAUGUCAACGUUCACCGCGAUCAGGGCCCCCUUGAGCUUGCCGCAACCGUGCUCAAGGCGCUUCCCAUGCAGGAUACGCUGGCCAUUCUGAUUAUUCUGAUGCACCUACCGGCUCUCUCGCUCCUCUUCAUCUAUGCCGUCUUUGCGCUCCUCACGUUUGUCCCGCCCGUCACGCUCAACUCGUACGUGAGCAUCAACUUUGCCGAAAUCCUCGAUGGCACCGCUACGACGCCCGCGCCUGUGACGCUGUUCACUAUGGACGUCAUGUUCUUCUUCUUCUGGCUGUUUCUCUGGCACCCACUGCAAGAGCUGAUGCAGGAUCUGGCGAAGCCUGUGAUUGCCAUUACGCUCGGCGGCGGUACAGGUUCGCGCGAUGGAGCGUCGCGAGGGAUCACGACAACGUUCUUCUGGGUCAUGCUGCAUCACAUUUUGAGGGGUACCCAGUCUCACUGGGCGCGCAUAGCUCGACAUAUUCCCGACAACUGGCCCGUACCUGCGGCUUUUCAUGAGCCUUGGAAGCUGCACGAGGAGCACUAUGAGACUAAGGGCUUGAUUGGCUGGGCCAAGAGCCUGUUGGCCGUGCAUAUCUUGACCCAAGGAACUAUAAGGGCGAUCAAAAAGUGGUAUCUGAGACGGGAGCGCGAGAACAAGGAUGGGAAAGACGGAGGCGACCCUGAAGUAGGAAAACCACAUGGGAGCACCGACAACGCAGCGGACGCCACUCUCGCUACGCCAGAGAUCGAAAUCAACGCCCAGCAGACGUCGGCCCCGCCUUUAGUGAGCAAGAAGAGGAGGAAGCAAAGCGCACAGAUACGCCUACAGCAGCCCUUGUGGGCUGCACUUGCAAGCACAAAGAUUGUAUUUAUGAAGGAGUGGGAGCUGUCCAACACGUCACGGGAGCAGGCUGGAUCCAACGCUACCGAUGUCCACAAUCUGGGCAACGCGCCGUUUGAGCGGCAGGAGCGCCAAAUAUGGAUUGUUUACGUGGGUAGUGAUGAGGUUCAUUUCAACACCAGUCUGUUUCCCCACGAGCACUUGGAAGAAGACAGCGUUCAGGGGAGCAAGGACGAUUCGAUUCCAACCACGGCGCAGAAGCUCUCCGGGCAGCCUCUUUACGUCCGCAUCAACAACGCCUUCUGGCAGCCAACACGCAUGUACCCGCUGGACGCGCCUGGUGGCGAGACAGAAGAGGAAGAGGAGGGCGCUCGAUGGACUGGCGCCAUCUACGGACUCCGACCCACGUCCAAGUAUGUCGUCGAGUUUGUUGACCGCAGCAACGACACUGUCUUGUUCAAAACAAGCAUCCGCACUGUCAGCGAGCCACAGCGCGAGACGGAAGCCGGUACUGCCGCGCCGCCUAAUGGCCAGCACUCUCUGCAGCCCGACUCGCCCGCCACGACGCUCAAGACUUCCAUUGCUGCCGCCGAAGCUAGGCUGACCGAGGAGAAGAACCGCCUCAAGACAGUUCGCAAGGAGUGGAAGUCGCGCAUCAACAACUUGAAGAAGGACAUUGAACUGGCCGAUAAUCAACUGUCAUCUGCAGGCAAUUCCGACGAGAAGUACAGGCAAAAGAUUCGCCAGCAGGAGACUCAGAAAUCGCAGGCGGAACGCGAAGCCCAAGCCCUUGUGGACCAGCUCAAGAACUACGACGCGGCGCCGGAACUCACCGAUCGUAAGAAGAAGGUCGAAAAGCUCUACGGAGCCGAGAAGAAGCUCUACGACGGGGAGAAGAAGGAUUUUGAGGAGUUCAAGUCGAAGCUGGACAAGGAAGUUAAGGCCAAGGAGUUGGAACACUCGAAUCUCAUCAGCAAGGUCAACAAGAUCAAGACCCGCAUCAACAAGAUCGAGACGGAGCUGGCCAACAUCACCGACGCCAACACCCGGGGGCUUGACGAGGCCGAGCGUCGCCGUCAGGAGCGCGUGACGUGGCAGGAGCACAGUGCCGCCGUGGAAGUGAACUAUCGGGAGCGUCUGGCACACAUCAGAGCCACGAACGCCGGCAAGGUUGAGCAGAUUCAGGCCAUGCAGGCGCAGCUGAAUGCCAUUAUGAGCACCAGUGCGGUCCACAUGUCUCUUGACCAGAUGGCCCAACUGGGGGAUUACCAGCAGCAGCAGCAGCAACAACAGCAACAACACCCUGGCAUGUGGAACCCGAAUCCUGCGGCUCCGCCUCACAUCCCGUCAAACGUCUGGGGCACUUCUGGCGAUCUCGUUCCUACCGUUUCCUCCUUUGCUGGCCCUUCUGCCUGGCAAGCCAUGGCCACCGCGGCACCCUUUGAGCCCCGCGCUAAGACGCGUGGACGGAGCUCUAGCAUGUUGAGCGAUGUGAGCGGCUUCACGCAGCCAAGCGACGACGACGAGGGAUCUCUGCCGACAUGGCGGGGUGGACAGCGUCCUCCUGGGUUUGCCUAUCCGGCGCAGGGCGGCAGUAGUGGUGGCGGCAGCGGGCAAAACGAUAGCUUCCCGAACAGUCCAGUCUCGUGA